CCCACCCUUGCUCGCUCCCGCCCAGUGUAAGGGCGUCCCUGGUUGGUUUCCAUGGCUUGCCUUGCCGUAAAGUGAGGGAAAAUGUCUGAUUCCUGUCAGUGUUUAUAUUCUUGAUUCCUGAACCAGGCGUUGUUCCCGAUAUAUCGCAAGAAGCAUGACUAUUACAGCUAUAUACCUAGUUAAAAACCACGCUGGGAUGUCCGGGGCUUAAUCCAAGGGACUUUAUUAACACGGGUGCCCACCCUCCCUUUCAGAGCCAUGUCACUGGGCAGCAGCAGGGGAAGGAGCAGCAGCAGCAGCAGCAGCAGCGGUGGUGGUAGAGGUGUUAACCUCCCAGUGGAGGUAUGGCGUGUGGUCCUGGCCUACCUCCCCCUCCCAGAGCUGGGCCGCUGCAGCCUGGUGUGCAGGGCCUGGAGAGAGCUGAUCCUCUCCCUGGAUAACACCCGCUGGAGAGAGCUCUGCCUGGGCCUGCCCGAGUGUCCUCGACACCCCAACUGGCCCAGCCAGCCCCACCUGGAGCCCUCAUCCUGGAGAGAAGCCCUGAGGCAGCAUGCCAUCGCCAGUCGUACCUGGUCCCGUCACGCCACCCCUGAGCUCCAGCCCUCCUCCUGCCUUCACCUGUUCCGCCGGAGGAAGGAGAGGAGGGUGUGGCAGGUGGGGUCGGGCCUGGAGCUGGAGACGUUGAGGGGGGCGUUGGUUGUAGCUGGGUCGUACGACCGGGUGGUGCUGCACCCCGGGGUGUAUGAGGAGCAGGCAGAGUUGGUGCUGAAGGUGCCUGUGGAGGUGGUGGGGUUAGGGAGGCUGGGGGACGUGGCUCUCCUGGUCAGUCUGGAGCAGCAGUGUCCCACAGCCAGGCUCUCCAACCUGGUCUUCAUGCCUGCAUGGUUCUCCACCGUUGUAUACAAGACAUCAUCAGGUCAUGUCCAGUUGGACAACUGUAAUUUCGAGGGAGCUCAGCUGCAGAUCCGAGGACCAGGAACCUGCCACGCCCGCUUCUGCUCAUUCUCACAGGGAAGCUCCACCCACUUCCUGGGCGUGGCCCUCAGCCUGUUGGAUAGCUGUGAUUUCUCAGGAAGUGAUUCGGCAUCCGUGACGGUUGAGGGCGCUCCAGUGACGGAGCGGAACUGGGCCUGUAAACACCUGGCCGCUCUGGCCCGAACCACCACAUCCUGGACCUCGCCUGGGAGUGGUAGCCCAGCUGGAGACAACUUGGGCGGGCAUUCAGGAGCCACACGGCCCCCUGGGGCUACCAUCACCCUGGAGGACUGGAGCAAAGGAGAAACGGAGAGCAGGAGGAGAGGAGGAGGAGGAGGAGAGAAAGGAGGUUGUCAGGAUACGGUGAUUGAGGACGGCUGGAGCGACAGCGCUCCUAGUGAGGAGGAAGAGGAGGAGGAAAAAGGAGAGGAAGGUUCAGGACAAGGCAACAACAGUCUAAACUACAGACUGGCCCACAGUCACCACGGCCUCUCUCAUCUCCUCAGACCCAACCAGGACGACUCCCCCUCGUUGACCCCUGAAAUCCGAACCCUGAGCGAGGAGCUCCAACGCGACCCCGGAGCCCAGGCGCUGGUCGAGGCAGUGCAGGGGUGCGUGCUGAGGCGCUGCCUGUUUCGGGACGGCAAGGGCGGUGUGCACGUGUGUAACCACGGAAACGCCAGGUUGGAAGGAAACGUGUUCCGAGGGCUGACCUAUGCCGUGCGCUGCAUCCAGAACGCCACGAUUGUGAUGCUCAGUAAUGAGGUGUGUGAGUGUCGUGCGUCGGGCGUGUUCCUGCGUCUGUCGUCUCACGGUCUGAUCGCUGACAACAACAUCCACUCCAACGGGGAGGCGGGGCUUGACAUCCGCAAGGGGGCGGACCCCAUCAUCCUGUGUAACAGAAUACACAGUGGUUUGCGUUCCGGCAUCGUGGUCCUUGGCAACGGGAGGGGUUCCAUCCGGAGCAACCAGAUCUACAACAACAAGGAAGCAGGAGUCUACAUUCUGUUCAACAGCAACCCUGUAGUCAGUGGAAACCAUAUCUUCCAGGGUCAGGCAGCAGGGAUUGCUGUGAAUGAGAACGGCAGAGGGGUGAUAGUCGAGAAUGUGAUCAGGGAGAACCAGUGGGGGGGUGCAGACAUCAGGCGGGGGGGCGACCCGGUCCUGAGGAAUAACUACAUCUGUCAUGGCUACUCUGACGGAGUGGUGGUGGGGGAGAGAGGCCGUGGACUCAUAGAGGAAAACCACAUCUACAGCAACAAGGGCUGUGGUGUGUGGUUGAUGUCCUCCAGCCUCCCUCAGCUGUUGGGAAACUACAUUACCCAUAACCGCAUGUACGGGCUGGCCGUGUUCUGCCGAAAGGACCCUGACGGGGGCGGGACCAGGGAAGGGGGGCAGGAGGGAGGAGGAGGAAGAGGACAGGAGAACUUCCAUGAGGAAGGAGAGCUGCUGGCGUGGGAAGGUGACCUUGACAUCGAGUACGAACGUCUCUGCGCCGGGUACUCCAGCAGCUCGGCUCUGGUGGAGGGAAACUGCAUUAGCCGCAAUGGAGCGGUUGGUUUGUACGUGAAGAGCAGUGAACCGCUGAAUGUCGUCGCCAACCUAGUGAACGGUAACCGUGGCGCCGGUGUCGCCGUGCUACAGAGCGGUCAGCUGACUCGACUAGUCGCUAACUGCGUCCGUGGAAACGGUCGCGGCGGCGUCACCGUGGAGAGGGAGUGUCGGGUGGAACUCCGCGGCAACGGUGUGUAUGACAACGGCGGCCAUGGCGUUAGUUUCCGGGGCGACGGACAGGUGGUGGAGAACGACGUGGUGGGUAACCGCGGUUACGGGAUACGGUUGACGGACAGCGCCGACGUCAAGGUGUUGCGUAAUCGAGUCCAGCCAGUGCAGGGGUGUGGCAUCGCCGUGCUGGGGCCGGCAAAGGCCGUCGUCCACGACAACCUGGUGUUCCAGGGUCACCCCGGCAACGUCAAACCCCCGCUACACCGCGACCCCGGCAACGACGGCAGCGCACUGCGCAACAACAGCGUGCUGAAACAUAGCAACAGGACAUGUUCCUCUGCCCCUCCCUGGGUUUUGGAGAACCCUCCCCCGCCCCUCUCUGACCGUCCCUCAUACCUCCCCUCCUCCGCCUCCUAUCACCCCUCCCACUUUGUCAAUUCCAUGACUACCAGGAUCACGGCCACCGUCGAGAGCGGUUGCCACAACAACGGCAGCGUUUUCUGCACCAUCCUCUGAGGCCCUGGCAACCAGCCCGCCUAGCAACCCCGCCCUGAAGACGGAUUGGAUGACCUCCUCACCAGGGGUCAAGAGUUCUCCUGUCCCGAGACAUUCUGUUUUCUUAAACAUUCCUCUGACAUUUUGAUCUAGGAACACUUGGACUCUGCAGAUGUUGUGGAAUGGCUGGCUGGACACAGAACGUUGUCCUCCACGGGGGUUCUAGAACGUUGUCCUCCACGGGGGUUCUAGAACGUUGUCCUCCCCGGGGGUUCUAGAACGUUGUCCUCCCCGGGGGUUCUAGAACGUUGUCCUCCCCGGGGUUCUAGAACGUUGUCCUCCACGGGGGUUCUAGAACGUUGUCCUCCACAGGGGUUCUAGAACGUUGUCCUCCCCGGGGGUUCUAGAACGUUGUCCUCCACGGGGGUUCUAGAACGUUGUCCUCCCCGGGGGUUCUAGAACGUUGUCCUCCCGGGGGUUCUAGAACAUUGUCCUCCCCGGGGGUUCUAGAACGUUGUCCUCCCCGGGGGUUCUAGAACGUUGUCCUCCCCGGGGGUUCUAGAACGUUGUCCUCCACAGGGGUUCUAGAACGUUGUCCUCCCCGGGGGUUCUAGAACUUUGUCCUCCACAGGGGUUCUAGAAGUGUCAUUGAGCUAUGAGAUCCCCACUACUGGAGGAGCUUCUAUGCAGCUUCUAUAUUACUUCUAUACAGAACCAACUCUCACUAUACAACAUUUACCACUGUGACUGGUGUGGUGUCAUGUGACUGGUGUGGUGUCACGGACAGUAUCAUGUGACUGGUGUGGUGUCAUGUGACUGGUGUGGUGUCACGGACAGUAUCAUGUGACUGGUGUGGUGUCAUGUGACUGGUGUGGUGUCACGGACAGUAUCAUGUGACUGGUGUGGUGUCAUGUGACUGGUGUGGUGUCACGGACAGUAUCAUGUGACUGGUGUGGUAUCAUGGACAGUAUCAUGUGACUGGUGUGGUAUCAUGUGACUGGUGUGGUGUCAUGGACAGUGUCAUGUGACUGGUGUGGUGUCACGGACAGUAUCAUGUGACUGGUGUGGUAUCAUGGACAGUAUCAUGUGACUGUUGUGGUAUCAUGUGACUGUUGUGGUAUCAUGUGACUGGUGUGGUGUCAUGUGACUGGUGUGGUGUCACGGACAGUAUCAUGUGACUGGUGUGGUGUCAUGGACAGUGUCAUGUGACUGGUGUGGUGUCAUGGACAGUGUCAUGUGACUGGUGUGGUAUCAUGUGACUGGUGUGGUAUCAUGGACAGUAUCAUGUGACUGGUGUGGUGUCAUGGACAGUGUCAUGUGACUGGUGUGGUAUCAUGUGACUGGUGUGGUAUCAUGGACAGUAUCAUGUGACUGGUGUGGUGUCAUGGACAGUGUCAUGUGACUGGUGUGGUAUCAUGUGACAGUAUCAUGUGACUGGUGUGGUGUCAUGGACAGUGUCAUGUGACUGGUGUGGUGUCAUGUGACUGGUGUGGUAUCAUGUGACUGGUGUGGUGUCAUGUGACUGGUGUGGUAUCAUGGACAGUAUCAUGUGACAUCAGUGGUUAGGGACUGGAGUUUUGCCUGACUAGGAAUAACUCCUGGCAUUAAUAAUGACAAUAUUCACGUUUCCUCACUGGAAUGUCUUUUUACUGGGCUUCCUCACUUCUUCCAGACAGGUAAUGUUCUGACGGAGCGGUAUGAACUCACACUUUAUUACAUUAAAGGUUUUAUUGGUUUACAGAA